UUUAUACUUUAAUUUAGUGAAUAUUAAUUUAUAGAAGCUUUACUCUGUAACCAAUCCAUAUAUAUACAUACAUAGCCAAUCACCUUUUUGCACUUAAACCUUUGUUAGCUAAAACAAAACCAAACAAAAAAAAACAUGGAUUACGUUUUGGUUUUGUUGCCAAUCGUAUUGUUUCUAUUAGCUUACAAAUUCUUAUUCUCCACCAAAACCAAGCGUUACAAUCUCCCACCAGGACCAACUCCCUUUCCCAUCGUCGGCAAUCUCCACCUCGUGAAACCGCCGGUCCACCGUCUCUUCCGCAACUUUGCGGCAAAAUAUGGCGAAAUCUUCUCCCUACGUUACGGCUCUCGCCAAGUCGUCGUGAUAUCUUCUUUGCAUCUCGUCAGAGAAUGCUUCACCGGUCAGAGCGACGUCAUUUUAACAAACCGGCCGCAUUUUCUGACCGCCAAAUACGUCGCCUACGACUAUACCACGAUCGGAACCGCCGCUUACGGCGACCAUUGGCGUAAUCUCCGCCGUAUUUGCUCUCUUGAGAUCCUUUCCUCUCAUCGUCUCACCGGACUCCUCUCCGUUCGUAGAGACGAGAUCCAACGGUUGCUCACGAGACUCUCGCGUGACUAUAAUGGCCAUGUCGUUGAGCUUGAGCCUCUUCUUGCAGAUUUAACUUUCAAUAAUAUUGUCCGUAUGGUCACAGGAAGACGCUACUACGGAGACCAGGUUCACAACGAGGAAGAGGCGAAUCUAUUCAAGAAAUUAGUGACAGAGAUCAACGACAAUAGUGGUGCGAGCCAUCCAGGAGAUUAUCUACCGAUUCUCAAAGUUUUUGGCCACGGCUACGAGAAGAAAGUGAAAGCACUUGGCGAAGCCAUGGACACUUUCUUGCAGCGGCUACUCGAUGAUUGCCGAAGAGAUGGGGAAAGCAACACAAUGCUUAGUCAUUUGUUGUCUUUACAACAAGACCAACCCAUGUACUACAGUGACGUCAUCAUCAAAGGCCUCAUGCUCAGUAUGAUGCUUGCGGGAACGGAUACUGCAGCCGUGACGCUAGAAUGGGCCAUGGCGAAUUUGUUAAACAACCCUGAAGUGUUGAAGAAGGCAAAGGCCGAGAUAGACGUUAAGAUCGGACAAGAACGUUUAGUCGACGAGCCGGACAUUGUGAAUCUCCCUUAUCUCCUGAUAAUUUGUGGGAUUAUGAGAGCUUCUAAGUGUUUUAACCGUGAUGAAGCACACGAACAAAGUAAAAAAAGGAGUGAAGUAACCGUAAGUAUUUGAGAGAGAAGAGAAAUUUGAGAAUUUAAGAGAAUGAGAGGAUUUGUGAGAUUGAGAGAAU